CUCCUUCUCCAGUCUGUUGCUGCAGCUAUUUUGAAUCUGCUGGAUAAAAUACUUUAUAUUGUGAAUAAAAGGGAUAAUUUACACUCCAGAAAAAAUGGCAGAUGUUCAGAACUGUGACUCUUGCUCUUCAAGUCCACUUGAGCUGUUUGAAAGAGUGACUGCACAAGGAGAAAAAGUCAGAUCACUGAAAGCAGGGAAAGCAUCAACGGAUGAAAUUGAUGCAGCAGUGAAGCUGUUAUUGUCAUUAAAAGUGACUUAUAAAACAGCAACAGGACAAGAUUACAAAGCUGGUUCUCCUCCAGUUGAUUUCUCACCAGUAAGCAAUAAUGGUCCAACUACUACACAGGAUGAGGAUUUUGUAGAUCCUUGGACAGUGCAGACAUCCAAUGCGAAAGGCGUAGACUACGACAAACUUAUAGUUCGAUUUGGAAGCAGUAAAAUUGAUAAAGAGCUAAUCAAUCGAAUAGAGAGAGUUACUGGAAAAACACCUCACCACUUUCUGCGCAGAGGCAUCUUUUUUUCUCAUAGAGAUAUGAACCAAAUUCUUGAUGCAUAUGAAAAUAAGAAGCCCUUUUACCUUUAUACAGGUAGAGGCCCCUCCUCAGAGGCAAUGCAUGUUGGUCAUCUUAUCCCAUUUAUUUUCACAAAGUGGCUGCAAGAAGUAUUUAAUGUUCCCUUGGUUAUACAGUUGACUGAUGAUGAGAAAUACCUGUGGAAAGAUCUGACAAUUGAGAAAGCUUAUGAAUAUGCUAUAGAAAAUGCAAAGGACAUCAUAGCCUGUGGUUUUGACAUCAAUAAAACCUUUAUCUUUUCUGAUCUUGACUACUUGGGGAUGAGUUCAGGAUUCUACAAGAACGUUGUAAAGGUUCAGAAGCAUGUUACAUUUAACCAAGUGAAGGGAAUCUUUGGCUUUACAGACAGUGAUUGCAUUGGAAAGAUCAGUUUUCCUGCUAUCCAAGCUGCUCCAUCCUUUAGCUCAUCAUUUCCACAAAUCUUCAAGGACAAGAAAGACAUUCAGUGUCUUAUUCCAUGUGCCAUUGAUCAGGAUCCUUAUUUUAGAAUGACAAGGGAUGUAGCUCCGAGGAUUGGAUAUCUUAAACCAGCCUUAUUGCAUUCGAUCUUCUUCCCAGCACUGCAAGGAGCACAGACAAAAAUGAGUGCUAGUGACCCCAACUCCUCCAUCUUCCUCACUGACACACCCAAGCAGAUCAAGACAAAGAUCAACAAGCAUGCCUUCUCUGGAGGUAAAGAUACUAUUGAAGAACACAGGAAGUAUGGGGGUAACUGUGAGGUUGAUGUCUCUUACAUGUAUCUCACCUUCUUCCUUGAAGAUGAUGACAAACUUGAAAAAAUGAAGCAGGCUUACACAAGCGGAGCACUGCUCACAGGAGAGCUAAAGAAGGUGCUUAUUGAAACACUACAGCCCUUGGUAGCAGCUCAUCAACAGAGACGCAAACAGAUCACAGAUGAAAUGGUGAAACAAUUUAUGACUCCACGGAAACUGGCAUUCAAUUUUUAAUGAUGUAGAUGUAAUUUAUCAAUAGGUAGGAAAUAGACUGAAUUGUUUUCUGUUGUGUGUCAUCACUCCUUAAUUAUGCAAAGGCUGCAAUCAGUGCUUUAUAAAUGUUGCUCUUAACAAGUUAUUUGCAGUGUACGAUCAGUGACUAUUUGGAAGAAUUGUUAAGACAUUAUUCAUAUUUGUAUUUAAAAAACCAAAACUUGUUAGGUGAGGUAACACAAAUGACAGCUGCCAGAUUCUUUGGCGAACCAUGUUAGUUAUUAGCAGAGGACCCUAUUACUGUACUUAAGUUGAAAAUACUAAAAUAUAAUAAUAAAAUUUCUAUUGUAAUGCCAAACUCUAACUUGUAAAUUGUUCUAGAUAUGCCAGUAAGAGUCCGUAGCUCAAAAAGAAAUGAAGUUCUUAGUAGAUCCAACUUUUUUUAUCCUGUGUUUCUCAGCUUAAUGGACUGGGUUAUAAUGGUGGCUGCUCAGGGACAUAUUGCACAUACGCAGUAGGUGAGUUUUUCAGGGUACAUUGUACAGGAAUAUGUUCCCAGUGUUAAAUGGAUAUGGAGUAUACACAUCUCUGUUGCUAAAGCAGAGAACUGGGAGUCACGCUGACUCUGCCACAGCCUUUUGGCAAGUCACAGAACUUCCUCUCCCUUCAUUUCUACAUCUGUAACAGUGGAGUGAUAAUACUUCCCUCCCCAGACACUGGGCCAAGUUCACUAAUGCUUGUAAAGUUUUUAUCCUCAGAUGGAACACACUCUAGAAAUGCAAAUUACUUUUUCAUUACCGGGAUCUAAAAGGCCUCAGAUUAUGCUGAGAAACCCCUUAUGACUGAGGUAUUCCUUUGAAGUUGUGCAUUUGUUAGAAAAUCUACUUCCUUGAAAUACCCCAUAAAAUAUUUCCAUGUCCAAUUUCUUUAAGCAACAGACCCUUGCAAUCUUUAGUGCAAUACAUGCAAUAGCAAUACAAACAAUCAACUGACAUUUUUUGAUAGUGCUGAAAACAUUAUUCGUUAGACUGGAUCUAAAGUAUAACAAUUUAUGUGUAUUUAUAACUCAUACCUGUCUGGAUGAUAGAAUUGGAAAUACAGUUGAGCACUGAAAACAGAGUUAUGUUGUUAUAUUUGACGGUCAUUUAAAAUGAAAUGAAAGUAGCUAGGACUGUUCGUAAGAUUCCAUCCAUUAGAGGUUGAUUCAGUAAACUAUGUAUGUGGUAUGAAAGGUGAUAGGCAGUUUGAACCCCCUGAAAAAGCAAUUUGUCAGGACUUCCAUACUGUAGAACCUGGGCACAUGCAUACCAAAGUCUGUGGUGUUUGUACAAUGAACAGUGCCCUAGUAGUCCUUUACCUAUGUAAAGGUACGCUCCCAACUUUUUUCAUACCUUACUAGAUAGAGGGUGUGACAUUCUGUACCUUGGGGGAGCAGCCUGUAACCCCCCAUAUUCCUCAUCUGUAUAUAAUUUACAUAUAAAGCAUGCCUUGUAAGGUAUCAGGGGAAAGGUUAUGAUCUGCUGAAAGUCAUUUCUCUGUCAUGAAUGCAUGUGAAGUUAUGAGAGUUGUGUUGUAUGGUUGUCACUAAAACAUGCUGUAAAUUGGUGAAUCAGCCAGAUAUUAGCUCUCC